GACCAGCCUGACCAACAUAGAGAAACCCCGUCUCUACUAAAAAUACAAAAAAGUUAGCCAGGCAUGGUGGCACAUGCCUUUAAUCCCAGCUACUUGAGAGGCUGAGCCAGGAGAAUCGCCUCAGUGAUUGGACAUGGCUGAAAGCCAUUUCUGAUAACCAGGGGAGCUGGGAUGGGGAGGUGAUUACUGGCAUCUAGUGUCCUGUAUCAGCCAGGCCACAGGACAGCCUCACAUAACAAAGAAUCAUCACAUCCAAAAUAGUGCUGAGGUUGAGAUACUCCGUCUUACAAAUAAUUCUCUGUCCUCCCAAAUGUAUUCACCUACUCAGGAACCUUUAGGCCUUGUUUCUCCUCCUCUAGACACUCAGCUGACCUGGGGAAAUUACAAGCUGCUUGACCAACAAGCUCAUUAUCUUGUUUUUGAUGGACAGAGAGCUGAGGAACAAAGACGACAAAUAAAACCCCAGCUGUAUGUCCUAGCGAGGCGGCAGAUGGACGCGGGAUUCUUCCGCGGAACAUGUGCAGAACAGGAUAAUCGGUUCAGCGACAAACAGAAGAAACUACUGAAGCAGCUGAAAUUUGCAGAAUGCCUAGAAAAAAAGGUGGGCACGAGCAAAGUAAAUUUGGAAGUUAUAAAGCCUUGGAUAACAAAAAGAGUAACGGAAAUCCGUGGGUUUAAAGAUGAUGUUGUGAUUGAGUUUAUAUUCAACCAGCUGGAAGUGAAGAAUCCAGACUACAAAAUGAUGCAAAUCAACCUGACUGGAUUUUUAAACGGAAAAAAUGCUCGAGAAUUUAUGGGAGAACUGUGGCCCCUGCUGCUAAGUGCACAAGAAAACGUCGCGGGAAUCCCUUCUGCUUUCCUAGAGCUGAAGAAAGAAGAAAUAAAACAAAGACAGAUUGAACAAGAAAAAUGGGCAUUUAUGAAAAAGCAAGAUGAAGACAAAGAUAAAAGGGAUAAGGAAGAGAAAGAAAGCAGCAGAGAAAAAAGGGAGAGGUCUCGUAGCCCAAGAAGACGCAAAUCCAGAUCUCCUUCCCCUAGAAGACGACCUUCCCCUGUCAGGAGAGAGAAGCGCAGUCAUUCUCGAUCUCCCGGUCACAGAACCAAGAGCCGGAGUCCUUCCCCUGCUCCAGAAAAGAAGGAAAAAACUCCAGAGCUCCCAGAACCUUCAGUGAAAGUAAAAGAACCUUCAGUACAAGAGGCCACUUCUACUAGUGACAUUCUGAAAGUUCCCAAACCUGAACCUGUACCAGAGCCUAAAGAACCUUCUGCAGAAAAAAAUUCCAAAAAAGAAAAGGAGAAGGAAAAGACCCGACCACGAUCUCGGUCACGCUCCAAAUCAAGAUCCUGGACGCGGUCCCGCUCUCCUUCUCACACUCGACCUAGAUGGCACCAUAGGUCUCGAUCGAGAUCAUAUUCACCUAGAAGGUGGCCAAGCCCAAGAAGGCGGCCAUCUCCUCGAAGAAGAACUCCACCAAGGAGAAUGCCUCCUCCACCAAGGCAUAGAAGCAGCAGAUCACCAGUAAGACGAAGAAGACGUUCGUCAGCAUCCUUGUCUGGGAGUAGCUCAUCAUCCUCUUCAUCUCGUUCCCGGUCACCACCAAAGAAACCGCCCAAGAGGACAUCCAGCCCCCUUCGAAAAACUCGUAGGUUAUCUCCUUCAGCAAGUCCUCUAAGGCGAAGGCACAGGCCAUCACCUCCUGCAACUCCACCACCCCAAACUCGGCAUUCCCCAACACCCCAGCAGUCAAACUGUACAAGAAAAAGUCGUGUUUCCAUGUCUCCAGGGAGAACAUCAGUAACAAAACAUAAAGGUACUGAGAAAAGAGAAUCCCCUUCACCAGCACCGAAGCCUAGAAAAGUAGAGUUAUCUAAAUCGGAAGAAGAUAAAGGUGGCAAAAUGGCUGCAGCAGAUUCUGUGCAGCAGAGACGCCAAUACCGACGACAAAACCAGCAGUCUUCAUCUGACUCUGGCUCCUCCUCCUCCUCACAAGAUGAAAGACCCAAGAGAUCCCAUGUGAAGAAUGGUGAGGUUGGCAGGCGGCGGAGACAUUCCCCUUCCCAGAGUGCCUCUCCAUCACCACGACAGCGCCAAAAAGAGACUUCCCCUCGGAUGCAGAUGGGAAAGCGAUGGCAAUCGCCAGUGACUAAAAGUGGUAGACGGAGGAGAAGUCCAACCCCACCACCCACCAGAAGGCGACGGUCUCCUUCGCCCACCCCUCCUCCUCGACAGCGCAGGUCUCCCACACCACCACCACGACGAAGGACUCCUUCUCCACCUCCACGUCGGCGCUCACCUUCUCCUAGAAGAUAUUCUCCUCCAAUACAGAGGAGAUACUCUCCUUCUCCACCUCCAAAGAGAAGAACGGCUUCUCCUCCUCCCCCUCCUAAACGAAGCGCAUCACCAUCUCCAUCACCAAAGCAUCAGGUCUCCCAUUCUCCACCUCCCAAACAAAGAAGCUCCCCAGUCACCAAGAGACGUUCACCUUCAUUAUCAUCCAAGCAUAGGAAAGGGUCUUCCCCAAGCCGGUCUAUGCGGGAGGCCCGAUCACCACAACCAAACAAACGGCAUUUGCCCUCACCACGGCCUCCAGCUCCUCAGACCUCCUCAAGUCCUCCACCUGUUCGAAGAGGAGCGUCCUCAUCACCCCAAAGAAGACAGUCCCCAUCUCCAAGUACUAGGCCCAUUAGGAGAGUCGCCAGGACUCCGGAACCUAAAAAGAUAAAAAAGGCUGCUUCACCAAGCCCACAGUCUGACAGGGUCUCAUCCUCCCGAUCUGUCUCUGGGUCUCCUGAGCCAACAGUUAAAAAGCCCCCAGCACCUCCGUCCCCCAUCCAGUCUCAGUCACCGCCUACAAACUGGUCACCAGCUGUACGGAUCAAAAAGGCCAAAAGCCCGACACCAAGCCCAUCACCGCCAAGAAAUUUGGAUCAAGAAGGAGGUGGAAAGAAAAAGAAGAAAAAGAAGGACAAGAAACAACAAAAAAAUAAGAAGCACAAGAAACACAAGAAGGAAAAAGCUGUGGCUGCAGCUGCUGCGGCUGCUCUAACCCCUGCAGCCAUUGCAACUGCCACAACCACAUUAGCACAGGAAGAACCCGUGGCGGUGCCAGAGCCAAAGAAGGAGACUGAAAGUGAAGCUGAAGAUAACCUUGAUGACUUAGAAAAGCACCUGCGUGGCCGGGCGCGGUGGCUCAAGCCUGUAAUCCCAGCACUUUGGGAGGCCGAGGUGGGUGGAUCACGAGGUCAAGAGAUCGAGACCAUCCUGGUCACCAUGGUGGAACCCCGUCUCUACUAAAAAUACAAAAAAUUAGCUGGGCAUGGUGGCGCGUGCCUGUAAUCCCAGCUACUCGGGAGGCUGAGGCAGGAGAAUUGCCUGAACCCAGGAGGCGGAGGUUGCGGUGGGCGGAGGUUGCGGUGAGCGGAGAUCGCGCCAUUGCACUCCAGCCUGGGUAACAAGA